AUGAAUGAAUAUGAAAGUGAAGAUGGCAUCGAAGGAGAUGCUGUUCUCUCAGACUAUGAAAGUGCAGAGGACUCAGAGGCUGAGGAAGAGGAUUACAGUGAGGAGGAAAGCUCAAAAGUGGAACUGAAGCAGGACGGCAAUGAUUCUAGUGAGUCCACUGCAAAAGCAGAGAAAGGGGAAGAGAAACCCAAUUCCAAAGGCACUGUGACUGGCGAGAGACAAAGCGGGGAUGGGCAGGAGAGCACUGAACCGAUUGAGAAUAAAGUUGGGAAAAAGGUCCCUAAGCAUCGGAAGAAUCCAGCUUACAUCCCUCGCAAAGGGCUGUUCUUUGAGCAUGAUCUCCGAGGACAGACCCAGGAAGAGGAAGUGAGGCCUAAAGGUCGCCAGAGAAAAUUAUGGAAAGACGAGGGCCGCUGGGAACAUGACAAAUUCCGGGAAGAUGAGCAAGCUCCAAAGACCAGGCAGGAGCUGAUAGCACUCUACGGCUAUGACAUCAGGUCUGCUCACAACCCAGAUGACAUCAAGCCAAGGAGGAUGCGCAAGCCAAGGUUUGGGAGCCCUCCACAGCGAGAGCCAAAUUGGUCCCACGAGAGGCAAAACAAGCCUCCAAGGUACCAGGGCUCCGACAAUACCCCGGCACCACCACGAACAUUCAUCAGCCGAAGUUCUGCAGGCACAGGGAGGAUGCCCCCACCCAGGACCUAUCCAAGGUCAGGUGGCUACAAAGAGAAUCGCCCUAGCUAUCGAGCUGCAGAAGCAAAUGGCCAGCAUCACUCUCGAAACAGUGAGCAGGCUAAACAUGAAAGCAGCUACCGGUCAAAGCGUGUGGAACAAGCCCCAGCAAGAGACCCCUCACCCGAGGCUGAGGUUGCAACUGAUCACAACAGCCCUGUUAAGAAGGAGGAGAUUGUUUUGGAAAGCCAGACCACAACAACAGAUGCUGUCCAGCCACCCCCAGAUAGACCCAUUGAAAAGAAGUCUUAUUCUCGGGCAAGAAGGACCAGGAAUAAAGCUGGAGAGACAGGAAAGCUGGCUGAUGAAGUGCCCCCUCCGGAGGGGCUGAUGCCCGUGUCUCUAAAACCUGUGCAGGUAGAGACACCCCCACCACCAGCAAAGACCGGAAGCUGGGAGACCCCAGUAGAAUCCAGCAUGGAUGGACUUGAACAAGAAAUGACACAGUUGAAUCUAACUGAGCAGAACUGGACUCCAGGGCAGCCUCAGUUUAUACAACCUCGGGAACUUAGGAGUAUUCCUAAUCAUAUGCACAUGGGGACUGGACCACCACCUCAGUUUAACAGGAUGGAGGAAAUGGCAGUGCAGGGGAGUCGUGCAAAGCGUUAUUCAUCCCAGCGUCAGAGACCCCCAGUUCCAGAGCCUGCACCCCCCAUGCACAUCAGCAUCAUGGAAGGGCAUUAUUAUGAUCCACUACAAUUCCAGGGACCAAUCUACACCCACAGCGAGAACCCUGCCCCAUUGCCCCCCCAGGGUAUGAUUGUACAGCCCGAAAUGCAUCUCCCCCAUCCAGGUUUACAUCCACAUCAGACUCCAGCACCUAUGGGGAACCCUGGCUUAUACCCUCCACCUGUCUCCAUGCCUCCUGGGCAGCCCCCACCACAGCAGCUACUUGCACCCACCUAUUUCUCCCCUCCUGGGGUCAUGAAUUUUGGGAAUCCUAGCUACCCCUACCCCCCAGGAGCGCUCCCGCCACCACCUCCUCCUCAUCUGUAUCCCAACACCCAGGCCCAGUCCCAAGUAUAUGGAGGGGUUACCUACUACAACACUGUCCAGCAGCAGGUACAGCCAAAACCUUCUCCACCACGAAGAACAUCACAGCCUGUGACCAUCAAGCCCCCACCCCCUGAGCUUCUCGUUGCAGGUUGUAAGCAGGGCUCCAGUUAAUUUGAGUUUCUAAAUACUUUAAAUCUAAACCCACGUAAAAAGACAGCAAAAGUGAAAAAUCAAAAGAAAGGAGCAAUACGUAGGGACGUCUGCCUGGCAAGUCCCAGCGCCAAAAUUGGCACCACCAGCAAGCAGGAAGCUCCUCCUUGGAGACGGCCCCUUUCCCUGUGUGUAGGUGAGGCCAACGGGCUGCCACCCGCUGCGUCAGUAUUGUGUUGGGGGCCAGGCACCCUUCACUUCCUGGUGCCCUCCUGCAAAACAAAUCUCUUGCUGCUGCUGCUGCUCUCUUCCACCACCUUUACUGGGGCAUGGAGGUCAUUGAACAUGAGGGUCAGUCACUGCUCAUGAGUUCUUGCCACUUCCCCUUUUUACUACACAGCUGGAUAUCCAGCUACACUGACUUCUGAGUUCCCAAUUGGCCCUUUCUUUUAAGCUGAUCUGUUUGGGUUUUUUUGAGUAUUGUAAUCUCUGUUUGCCCAGAUUGCUGGGAAUGUAACCACCGCCCCAAGGAGCUACCUAUUAAGUUACUACUUGUUUCUCUCUCUCUCUCUCCCUCUCUCUCUCUCCCUCUCUCUCUCUCUCUCUCUCUCAUCAUUGUUUAAGCAUAGCUGUUCAAGAAAGGGCUGCUGUGUGUCAGGAGUCUGUCAGGAAUGUGCUGGCUAUUCACUUGCUACUGAAUUAGAAGCUCCUGGUUUGUUUUUGGAGCAAGCCCUGUCAGUCAUUGUGUUGUGGGCAGUUUCUCUUGUCUAAGUGUGUGCAAGCUCUCAACUUGGAAGCAGUGUGGAUCAGGGCAGAGCUGGAGCCCACCCAUGCUGCACUUUGCAUCCCAGAGAGGAGGGGGAAGGGAAGAGGUAGGGGUAGGGAAAUCCUUCUGCCUUGUGGAUUUUCACAAGCAGCCCUGCACCCCUUGGGCUUUCCCCAGAGCCAUCUUCUCACUCACAGGCUGCUCUCCCUUUAGCCUUGUGCUGAGAGACUGGCCAGACAGGCUCAGCCAACAUACAGUUUGCAUUCAGCACUUGGGUGUUGUUCCUGCAUACAUGGAAGAUGAUGCGAUUUGCCAGUUUUAACGUGUCCACUUUGCGAGCCUGGAGCACGCUGAAAUCCGCUGGGAGGAACGCUCUUCGUGUGCAUCCUCUAACUCCCCCACAGCCUUGCACCCUGCUUGAGGAUUCUCGAGCCAAGCUUGUAUGGCCAUUGAUACCUCAGCACUGUGGUUGCUGGGCCAGCUCGGCUGGCUUGCCAUGCAUCGCAGUGUUUUUGUGCUGCAGUGAUUUGUUGCCUCUCUGCAGCACAGAUCCUGCAGGGAUUUUGGCACGCGAUAGCAGCUGGGCUUAGCUCAGCAUCAGCCUCGCAGCCAUUUGCAAAUUGCAUUAGGGCAACUUGGCAUGGAGGUUGCUACUGCAGCCUGCUCUCCCUGAGCCACGGGCUGAGGCAGCAUGUGGAAGUGCCAGAAAUGACGCAAGUGAGACUGUCGCUAUGUUAGAGCAAGCAGAUGUGUGGGCAGCAAACUCCCACCUGGGAGAGAGGGCGAGUGCUUUGGGCACUUACUUGCCUGCUUUCUGGUUGAGACCUUGUCGUGCCUGCCUGGCUUUCUCCCCAACUCCCUUUUUCUUUCCUACUGUCUGUAACUUGAUCUUUUGUACUUAAUUUCAGAUAAGUCGAAUGGUAUUUUAAAACAAAAGACCCUUUUCUGUUUUACAUGUAACUGUUUUCUCUGCCUUAAGGCUAAAAAUGUAUCGUUUAACAUAUCGGUCGUGUGACUGAACUUCUAGACCUAACAACACUGUGAUGGCUGUUCUGUUCUGUUUAUUUUUGUUCCUGUUCUUUAGGAGUGCACAUUUGUAACCAACAGUGUAAUGACUUGGUGGAGAUGAGAAUAUGUUUUAGGAAGUAACUA